AUGAGCCCGUCCUCCUCACCCGCCGCUGAAGCCGCCAGUGCUUUGACUUUGACCACCUUGCCCAUCGGCAGUGAUCUCUGCAACCCGAAGGAUACCACGACGUCGAUCUUCGACUUUGUCAACGACGAGCCGUUCGCUGCGACGUUGGUGACCGUGCGGAUGUUCAACUCUGGACGGGGCAGGCUCCCAACGACCGUCGACUAA